AUGGUAUUCUACGCAUACGCGGCGUCGGAUACCGACAUGAACGCGCGAUUUGUUAUCACGGCACCAUCGGUUGAGGUAGUUGACGAAUGGUUUCUUGACGCCCGUGCUGAUGGACUAGAAGCCACAAGACAUGGUCCUGAGCUCUAUACAUACAAGUAUUCCCAAGCUCAGUGGAUCUACGACUGGAGUAUCGGAUCGGGAACAGCCGCAACCAAGUCUAGCAGGAACAAAAUCUUUUUCACUAGAUUUAAUGAUGCUGCUGGGUUUCAACAGUCUAUGAUUCCAAACCAGUUUGCGCCCAAUCAUAUCUCUGGCAACACUUUCUACAUUCGAUCCAAGAGUAAGCCCAGUGUUUUCUGGAAUGUCGAUGAGAAUUUCGUCUAUGCCACACAGCUCGCUCGCACCAGAUUCAAAAUAUCCAUUCAAGGCGGAUCCAAGGGAGAUGUUAUGAUUCCAAAACACGAUAUUGUUAUCACUGCUCUCCUAGGAAAUCCCUUGAGAGAGUAUACGGUCUAUUGGAGUUCAGAGAACGCUCUGAAGACCGAAGCUGCUGAUGUCGGCGGUGGCGGCGCACUCGUUCCAGGCCCUGGAUACCCAUAUCCAGGCCAAGGCUAUCCAGGGUGGCCGCAGAUGAAUAUCUCCACCUUCAAGUUUGAGUCUUUUAAGAACUGCUUCAUUCCUAUUGGAAAGGACAUUGAGCAUAAUGACGCCAAGUUGGCCUUUUACAAAGAUGCUGGCGAGGAAUGGGAACUUGUUUCCUAA